GUUGAAAAGCAGGUGGCAGAAGCCUUCGUUGGACACGACUGAUUCCCGGGCUAAGCUGAAGUGAACAUAGUCGUUUUCUUCACAUUUUCUUCUUCCACCGUUAUUUAUUUCUUGGCAUAUGGUUUUCGAAUCUGAAUUGAAUUUGGAUCUGGGUCUUCCUCAAAGCCGCCAUCCCUUUUGAAGCCAAGAUUGUGGGGGCAAAAAUCUAAUAAACUAUGGCUUCUUUCGCGGGCUCGGCUCCCCUCAGCAUCUAUGUCAGCAAUAAUGGCGCGUCUUCUUCUUCUUCUUCUGCGGGAAAACCAUCCAGUUUGUUUCGUUCUUUUAUUUUCACUAGAAAGGAAACCAAUAGAAGGAUAGUUUGUGCUUGUGUGGCGCCUCCUCGAGACGUGAAGCCCGCUGAUGCCGAUGAAUUUUCUUCCCCUAAAUUCAAUGGUUCAGCUAAACCUGAGAACCUGAGCUCGACGGGGGAGCCUGAUGACGGAUCUGACGUGCUUAUUGAGUGCAGAAAUGUAUACAAGUCAUUUGGCGAGAAGCAUAUCUUAAGAGGUGUGAGCUUCAAGAUAAAGCAUGGAGAGGCUGUUGGAAUAAUUGGGCCCUCUGGGACUGGAAAGUCUACAAUCUUAAAGAUAAUGGCUGGGCUACUUGCUCCAGACAGGGGUGAGGUUUUAAUCCGGGGGAGAAGACGCCAUGGACUAAUCAGUGAUGAGGAAAUAUCUGGUCUUAGGAUUGGCUUAGUGUUUCAGAGUGCAGCACUUUUUGAUUCGUUGACUGUUCGAGAAAAUGUUGGUUUCCUUUUAUACGAGAAUUCCACCAUGCCUGGGGAUCAAAUUGCUCAGUUAGUAACAGAGACCUUAGCUGCUGUUGGGUUGAAGGGUGUAGAGAACCGGCUACCUUCUGAAUUGUCUGGUGGAAUGAAGAAAAGAGUUGCUUUAGCUCGUUCUAUAAUUUUUGAUACAACAAAAGAUGUGGUUGAGCCAGAGGUACUUCUGUACGAUGAACCAACAGCUGGGCUUGAUCCAAUUGCAUCGACUGUUGUGGAAGAUCUUAUCCGCUCUGUUCAUAUGAAAGGCGAGGAUGCCCUUGGGACGCCCGGGAAGAUUGCAUCCUAUGUUGUGGUCACUCAUCAACAUAGUACCAUUAGAAGAGCUGUAGACAGGCUAUUGUUUCUUCAUGAAGGGAGGGUUGUUUGGCAAGGAAUGACUAGUGAAUUCUCGUCAUCAACUAAUCCUAUUGUUCAGCAGUUUGCGUCGGGGAGCUUGGAUGGCCCAAUCAAUUACUAUUAGCACUCUGCUUUUGCGCAUUUCACCCAACAUAACACUCUUUUAUACAAGUAGACGAGAGGUUGGCGUCGUCGUGGUCAAGUUUCGCCCCUCAAUUCUGUUUGCCGAGGCUUGCUUCCAAGGCGUCCGAUUAAUACUAUAAGUUUUUUUUGGUAGUAGCCACAAGUUCAUUAGGGGCUAGAUAUUUGUUCAUUUCAUAACACUUCUUAAAAGAGCUAAGAAUGAGAAUGUAUGAACAAGUUCUUUUAGAACCACAAUUAUUUUACCUAGCCAGGUGGUUAUAUUGGAUUU